UCUAUACUCUUUUUGUCAUCCUCACAAAUCUGUGGAAAAUUCCCAAUCAUGUGUUGGCAAGGCCACCAGGAUUUAACGGUGGCAUUCCAUGGCCACAUUUGCAUGAAUUAGCAUUCAACUUCGAAGCGUCUCUUCCAUUCAACACGCGCCACAGGAAUUCUUAUAACUGCGUGUUGGGAAAGGCGGGAGAAUUUUUGAAAGAACUGUUUUCCGGGAUAACUUCUGAAGUCUUAUAUGUUUGUGCCCAAGACUCAACAUACAUGGCAACCAUAUUCAGAAGCCAGACCUUUUAUUCAUUUACUUCUUUGAAUCAACAAACUAAGGAAUGCAUGCCGUUGAGAUUGCAGGCAUGGCCCAUUCUAUCCAGAGGUAUAAUGAAACAUAAACUCCAGCGACACAACUUUCUUCAUCAUGAGACAUGCAUUAAGCAUUGUGGACGAAAACCACAGGCAUCUUCUGAUGAAAACACUACUACUGAAGCACCUUUUAAUUCUGAUUCUGAAGUGAAACAAACAAGUGUCAAGAAAGUCAAAGCAAAAGAAGAAGCAGCAAGGGGUCAAGUCACAGCUAUUCUGACAGGGGCUAUCGCAGUCCUACUAGGUGUGGGGUAUCUUGUAUUGGUACAAAUAUUAGAUUCAAGGGGCAUUGUACUCCAACCUCCUCCUCCUGAGGCAUUUGACCCUUGACUCUAUCAAAACAUCAAUAGUUUUGUGUUUAUACAUACAUAGUUUCUUCCUCUUGUUGCACUAAUUCGAAACCUUAAAGGAAUGGCUGCAAUCUUGUCGGAUAUGUUGAUUUUGCAAAAUUACAUUUCCUUUUUCAUGUUGGCAAAUCUAGGAAACAAAAUCUUCCAAACACAUUGUAUGAACGUAAAGUUGAAAAAAAAUUGAAAUUGUUUAUAGUGCUGCUUUGAAGAUU